GGAAACCCGAUUGCUCUCAGGAAUCACUGCAUUCUUACUUGCGUGUCUCCGACAUAUUCAUCGAAUCACCUAAAAAAUAGAGCAUUACGAGAGCUCAAUUCCUCAUUAAGCAACACCCGCUCCCCCACGGCCAUCGACCUUGCACCCCGCAGCUCCUUCCAGCGCAGCAACACCCGCAUUGCGGACUUCCCACCCCAAGAUUCCCACGCCUUUCAGAAGCCGACUCGUCCGUCACCUAUCUGCGGUCACCAGCCCAUCACAUACACUGCCAACGCAUCCACCCCGCCACGUCGUCGAUCCAAACAGCCAGGCCCGCUCUCCCCUGUCAAGGCUGCAAAAAUACUCUACAGCGGGAGUCGCGCCCCGCGGAACACCCCGAGGAUAUAAACCAGGAGGAAGCAAAAAACUAAAGGGAAUAAGGGGGGAAAUUUUAUUAAAGGAAAGGGACAUACACACACAGACACAAAAUGUCAUUCGAUCCGGUAAUGCCCCCUUACAACGCCUCGGACCCGGCCGCCCGCUUCCUCUCGGCGUCGUGCCUCGACUUCCUCCUCAUCGAGCUCGUGCCCAUGGCGUACCGCGUGACCAACGAGCUGGGGGCGGCCGCGCGGGAGCAGGAGGGCCUCCUACAAGGGGGGAGCAGCGGGAGUGCGCCUGCUGGUGCUGGUGCUGGGGCAGGGACGGGGACGGGGACGGAGACGACGGUCAUGGACGAGCAGGAGGAGAGGGAGGCUGUGUUCUGGCGGUUGGAGAGGAUCGGGUAUCGGGUUGGGCAGGGGCUUGUGGAGAGCAGAUUCUCCCGGGACAGGCCACGGUUCAACGACACGCUUGACGUGAUCAAGUUCCUCUGCAAGGACCUCUGGACCAUCGUCUUCCGGAAACAGGUGGAUAAUCUAAAGACGAACCACCGGGGAGUCUACGUCCUGACAGACAACUCCUUCCGCCCGUUUUCUCGCAUGAGCGCUGAAGUAGGCAGCCAGGCAGUCAUUCGCGCACAGCCGUUCCUCUGGUUCCCCUGCGGCAUCGUUCGUGGUGCGUUGGCCGCCCUCGGCAUCACAGCAACAGUGCACGCCGAGACGACCGAGCUGCCAGGCGCAGUCUUUCAAAUCAAGACUGUUUCCACCAAGCCAUGA